AAAAGAAUUCUCCAGACCAACCCUUCUUCUCCAGAAAGAUGACGACAACGCCUUCGUCUGAGAAGCUAACUCUGGAGAGCAACGACGGAACCCUACUCGAGAUAGACGUGAACAUCGCACUGACAUGGCAACUUCUGAAAAACAAGAUCGAUGACGGUUGCGUAGACGGCGUAAUUCCGAUAGAGAAUGUGAAUGGCGAGACGUUGGCCAAGGUCAUCGAGUAUUGCCAGAAGCAUGCCAUGGCCGCCGACGACGCAGAGCUCCGCAGGUGGGACGCUGAGUUCUUGAACGUGGACUGGAGCGCUCUGUUCGAUCUUACGCUGGCGGCGGAUUAUCUGCAAAUCAAGAGCCUCAGGGAUCUAACAAUCCGGACUGUGAGCGACAGGAUCGUAGAAAUUAAGAGUCCGGAGGAGUUUCGUAGGACUUUCGGCAUCAAGAAUGAUUUUUCUCCUGAAGAAGAAGCACAAAUUCGUAAGGAGAAUCAGUGGGCCUUUGAUGGCUACCUUUGAAUGCGUUUUCUUUCUACAAAAUUUUCUUCAGCCUUAGUUUCUUUCUUUCUAGGACGCAAAUUCAGAUCAUCUCCAUAAAUUCAGAUAUCAUAUGCAAUAUGCACUUCUCUUUCA